UUUAGGUACCUUUUAUAUGAGGAAGUGGACGAACAUCCAAUGACCAGAAUGCUAAGCACACAUUGGCUUGGAAACGCCGGAAACUUCCUCAUGCUACUACUUGUUACCAGUGCCGAAAGCGACCUUUCAUUAGAGGAAAUGAGCAACAGAUGUAACAUUAAAAAUGGUCAGUAGCAACUGCAUCUUUUUUACAGAUUUAAAGUUACAUACUUGAUCCACAAAUCAAGUUUCUGUUAUGAAGUUGUUGACUGAAUCAUUGUUAUGACUGAUUUACGUUACCACGAGGGCUACGCAUUUAAAUUUUUUUCAUCUUUUUUGCGCAGUGAUACCUGAAAUGGACAUCUUCUCCAGUCCGCCAAACCGCACAUUAAGAGUAGGUGCAGAUAUUAACUUGACUUGCAUAGCGUGGCCAAGGAAUGACCACCAGCUAUAUCCCAUUUAUUUGAUCAUAAUUAUGUUUUAUCCAAAAAUUUUUAUGAACUUAUAGAAAUAAAAAGUCGCAUUCGGUGUCACAAAAUUAUUCAUAAGUCUGGCUAGUUUAGAUGCCUCAUGACGCACGAUAAGCUAUAUCAUUUAUAGGUUUUUUUUCUUUGGGUCAUAAAUUUUAAACUUGGGUUGCAAUUAGGAAGAUAUGUCUAUCGCAGUUGCUGCCAAACCUUGAGAAUCAUUUAACACACUCUUAUUUGUUUAAUGGACAUAAAUGGAGGCCUAAAUGGUCUUUUAGCAUGGCCUAGGUUGAAAUAUAGCUUCAAGGUAUACUACUGGAUCGAAAAAGAUCUACAUUGUGACAUAUGUAGGCAAAAACACCUGUUUCCUUUAUGUUUAUUCCAACGUAAGAAAGUUGAAUAUAUUCACAUUUCGUCUUGUCUGCUGUGGCAAGCAAAAGACUUGAGGUGGGUUGAAUGAUCUUUUUCUCAUCACGACUUUCACAAUUUAUUAAUUUUUUUAAUUUUAAAAUACUUUAUGCUCGCGAAAACUCACCAAAGCUGUCUCUAAGUGCCAAAACUCAUGGAGAUUCGGCAAUUUGAGUGAUCCGUGAGAAACUUCACAUCUCUUCAAAAGAAGAACAUCUUAAGCUUUUGCAAGACUCACUUAAAUUAUUCUGUGGGAAAUGACUUUUUGUCAAAAAUAAAAAUUAAAAAAUCAACAACAAUCAUAAAAAUAUAACAAGGUAAGUGAAUGAGGUUUUCUCAUUUCUUUAACGUUUUUCCCUUCAGUCUUUUAUGAAAAAUUCUCACCUGCUGUUUUCAUGAGGCUUUACUCAGAUCUUCAAUUUACAUUCUGGUCUGGUUUCGUGAGCAUCGGUUGCGUAGGAAACAAGAUAUGACAUUUUACGUGAGACAAGUUAUAUGCCAUCUGGUUGUCUCUUUUGUUCAUUGCAUCUUCUUGGUCACAAAACAUCGACUUUCUGAGAUAAGGUCUCAUGCUUCUAUUCUUUUAAGCUUUUUGGACCAGUUGGAGGAAAUAAUGGGAUUAUUUUUGUUCGGUUAAUAGAAAUAGCAACUACUAUCACGGCCUCUUUAAAAUUGACUCAUAUGCCAAAAUGCAUACAAUAAUAAUGAUGAUAAUAAUAGUUAUAAUAAUAAUAAUAAUAAUAAUAAUAAUGAUGAUAGCUAUCAUUAUCGAUGAUGAUGGUAAAAGUAAUGAUAAUAAGUCUGAUAAUAGUAAUAAUGAUAAAGCCACAUCCUCAAAAGCAGGUUUAACCCUCUCCCUCGCCUAUCAUUUUGCACUUCGGCUCAUUUUCCCAAUGGAAGUUUGGUAAUAACUUGACAAUUAAUCUGUUGAUGAAGAGAAAAGUUUCCAUCACCUGCUGCCCGCUUUGGUUUUAAAAAAGACGUUUUACAUCAUGCCAUAGCAAACAGACGAUUUUACAUUUAGGUAACUUUUGUAUGAGGAAGUGGACGAACAUUUAAUGACCAGAAUGCUAAACACACAUUGGCUUGGAAACGCUGGCAACUUCUUCAUGCUGUUUCUUGUUACCAGUGCUAUAAGCAACCUUUCAUCCGAGGAAAUGAGCAACAGAUGCAAUAGUAAAACUGGUUAGUAGCUACUGCAUUUUUGUUUACAAAUCUUAAGUUACAUACUUGAUCCACAAAUAAAUUUUUGUAAUGAAUUUAUUGAUUGAAUCAUCGUUAUGAUUGAUUUAGGUUACCUCGAGGAUUACGCAUUUAAUUAUUUUUUUUUUAACUUUUCCGUCUAGUGAUACCUGAAAUGGAUAUCUUCUCAAGUCCGCCAAACCGCACAUUGAGAGUAGGUGCAGAUAUUAACUUGACUUGCAUAGCGUGGCCAAGGAAUGACCACCAGCUAUAUCCUAGGAAAUGGACCAAAUAUAUUCAGUGGUAUGAUCCUCAGGGUAGCCCAGUUGGAGACAAAUGCCUGCAGAGUACACCAAGAGUCAAAGAGCUACACUGCAUAUUAAUGCUCAAGAGGUUGACUAUGGAACAGUUUGGAAACUACACUUGUGAGGCUCAGAAUGAUUAUGAGGGAUAUUGCAGGCAAAAAGUUGUCGAAAUUGAGCUGCAAGGUAGGCAAAACGUAUAA